CACAACAUACGAUCUUUGGCGGUGACGUCUCGGCAGGAUGGGGCGGGCAGAGCGGACUGGCGCCGGGAGAUUCGAGCCCUUACCGCGGUACUGAGCGAGUUCAACGCUCCGGUGUGAAGUAUCUCAUUAACCCACCACGACGAAAACCCCGUGUGCUUUGAUCCUUUACCGUGGAGCCAUGUUGUCACCCCGUUUGUUCUUCCAGAUUGGGACCGGCGGCUGUUAAACCUUCACUUCCACACAGAUGGAGGCCAUGGAGGUAGACUCCCCGAUGGAGAUACAGGGAGGAGGCGGCAGGCAGCCAGAGGUUGCCGCCGUUGCAGCUGCAGGCCAGGCUGAGGACGCCAACGCACCACACGUCAUCUCAGACUCCGGCAGCAGCACCGAAGUGGACGAAGAUGAUGACGAUGACGGCAAUGAAGGAGGACAGGCGGCGGUUCGUGCGCCACCCUUCCUGCUUCCUGCCGCCUGGGCGUUCAGUCAGAGAGCGGUGGGCGGCAGCGCUGCAACCACACAUUCAGCAUCGCAGGGGGCGCCCAUACGGAGGAGACUCAGGCAGGGCCUCAGGGUGCACUACCCCAGUCAGACUGCAGCGCCCUCCAGAGGCUUCCCAGACUUCCUGCUCCGAGCGCCUGCUGCCAGCGUGGCCGAACCGGAGUCCGGCAGCACCACCGAGGUCAGCGAGUCUGACGAGGAGGAGGAAGAGGAGGGGGGCAACGAGGAUGGCGCACCUGCUGCAGCAGCACCAGCUGAACCUACCCAACCCGCCCUUUCCGCUAGUCCUCGUCCCAACGCCUCCAUCCAACAAUCACAACCACAGGAAGCUGUUCCAACCAACUCCAGUUCAGCUGCAGACAGUGAGAGGACAGAAGCUCAAAUUCAGGACGUUCAGUCGGUCCCCGCGUCCUCCGCUUCAGUCCAGUCGUCACAAAACGAGGAGGGCGAAGGCGACACCUGCACCAUCUGCUUCGAGGCGUGGACGACGGCGGGCGAACACCGGCUGGCCGCCCUGCGCUGCGGACACCUCUUCGGCUUCACCUGCAUCCAGCGCUGGUUGAAAGCUCAGGGCCCGGCGGCUAAAUGUCCACAGUGCAACAAGAAAGCGAAGCGUUCAGACAUCGUUCUGCUGUACGCUCCGAAGCUGAGAGCGCUGGACAACACCGAGCAAGAGAGCCUGAAGAAGUCUCUGGAGCAGGAACAGUCUCUGAGGAGGAAGGCUGAACUGGAAUCAGCUCAGUACAAACUGAAACUGCAGGUCGUCACCAACAAAUAUGGACAAGCGCAACAAGAGCUGCAGGAGCUGAGAGCUCUGAUGGCCCAAGCUGGGAGAAGUUCAGCUCCCCUCUCUUCCUCCUCCUCUUCUUCUUCCUCCUCCUCCUCGUCCUCGCUGCUCUUCGGUCUGUCUCAGAGGUCGGACGGCUCCAAGACGGCACAGUACAGUUUCUCCAAGGCGGUGCUGUUGUCUCAGGCCGGAGGCUGCAGAGUUUUAUCCUACUGUGAACCUCUGAGCUGCCUGCUGGCCUCGCAGCCUUCUCCUCACGCCACACUGGUGCCCGGUUGCGGGGUGAAGAAGGUGAGCGUGGUGACCAUGAAGGCCAGUCAGUACGUCCCCAUCCACAGCAAACAGAUCCGAGGUCUGUCCUUCAACAGACAGAACGACAGUCUGCUGCUGUCCGCCGCUCUGGACAACACCAUCAAACUCACCAGUCUGCUGACCAACACGGUGGUUCAGACCUAUAACGCAGGUAAACCAGUGUGGAGCUGCUGCUGGUGUUUGGACAACAGUAACUACAUCUACGCAGGUCUGAGCAACGGCUCGGUGCUCGUCUACGACACCAGAGACACCAGCACACACGUCCAGGAGCUGGAGCCGCUACGCUCCAGAUGUCCGGUGGCGUCUCUCUGCUACGUCCCGCGGGCGGCGUCCAGCUCCUUCCCCUGCGGCGGGCUGAUCGCCGGCUCUCUGGAGGGCGGGUGUUUCUGGGAGCAGGUCAACGAGACCACCUACAGACCGCACGUCCUGCCGCUGGAGACCGCCGGCUGCACCGACAUCCAGGUGGAGACGGAGAGCAGACACUGUCUGGUCACCUACAGGCCCGGACGCUCCAACCCGUCGCUGCGCUGCGUCCUGAUGGCUCUGAACCGCACGCCGCAGCAGGACUCCAGCCAGCUGCCCAGCUGCUCCUGCUCGCCGGUGCAGACGUUCAGCGCCGGAUCGUCCUGCAAACUGCUCACCAAAAACGCCGUCUUCAGGAGUCCAGACGGAGGAGGGACGCUGGUGUGCGCCGGAGACGAGGCGUCAAACUCCACCAUGGUGUGGGACGCCGGCAGCGGCUCUCUGCUCCAGAAGCUUCCUGCCGACCUCCCGGUGUUGGACAUCAGCCCGUUCAAGGUGAACGGCGAGCACUUCCUGGCCUCGCUCACCGAGAAGAUGCUGAAGCUCUACAGGUGGGAGUGAGCGAGGAAGACUCUCUCUGGGUCGUUGUGACGCGGACCGCGUGGAACUGUGGGAAAUUAAAUGCUGCUAAACUUUUAUCUGUACGUUUACACACACGCAAAAAAGUAAAACUCUGAUUAGCGGGAGUGAUCAGCUGGAGGAAACAUCUCAAACAUUUCGUUAUUGAUCUUAGUUUUUUCCCUUUUUUAAAAAAAAUAUGUGUUACUGCAUCUGGUGACCUUUGACCUGCAGAGUUUGAGGAGGCCAAUUGAAAUCUGAGUCAGGUUUGAACAUCCUCCAAUAAGAAGACAGAUUGUAAGAUGUAGUUCUGCUGCACUGAGCUCCCAUUCAAAGUACCGUAUUGGCCCUAAUAUAAGGACACCAUGAUUUUAAGAUCCCUCUUUUCCAACACUUGUUUUUGGAAAAAGAUACAUCCGACUUUAGUCACACACACGCUGUCAGGCUCUUGGAUGUGGACAAAAUUAUUUUCUCUGGCUUUUAGCGUUUUUCAGACUAACUGUUUGUCUUUUUGAGCUUCUCAUCAUCUGUGACAGUGGUCUGACAGUCCAGUCCUUGACAUAUAUAUAUAUAUAAUAAGAUGAUCACCACGCCUUCAAAACGUACUCUCCAGAAUAAAUUAUCAUCUUAUAUUCGGGCCAAUAUGGUAAUCUGAUUUUAAAUACAGGAGGAAAAGAUCAAAUUACCAGUGAGCGUGUGAACCAGUCUGUCUGAAGUCUGGUUGUGUUCAGAUCAUCUUCUCAGCUGAUGAAGGUGAUUUUUUUUUUCUCUCCUGUCGCUGGUUAUCGAACGUCAGCUGCUGAUUUUAGUCUGAUGAUAGUUUGAACAGGACCAACAUAUUAGUGCUUUACAUGUUCAUGCUCCUCAGCUAUAAAUUAUGUAUAUUUAGAAUAUUUGUUGACAGUUUUCCGCCUGUAUCCUCACUGUACAGGUUAAACAUUUUACACAUUGGUUCCCUUUAAUUUCUGUACAGAAUGAAAAUCAGUUAGAAAACUCAUGAGACUUGUCUGAUCCAUCACAGUCUGCAUUCAUUUAGUAAUUGUUACGACAUUGUUUCAUAGUAAUGUGACUUUUAAACGCAGAUUGAUUUGAAAUGUCUGCGCUGUAUUGCUUCACAAGUAGAUUUUUAACUCAUCAUAAAUAUAUAUCGGAUCAAAUGUGUUAGAGGUGUUUUCAUGACAUCAUUAGUCCACCAGGGGGCGCUCAUGGUGAGAAAAUGUCUUGCUCACUACUGAAGCAUUAUUAUAUAAAAGAAAACAGCUGUAAUGUAACUUACAAAAAGCAAUUUAAACAUGUUGUUCAUGGUGAUGGAUUACAUAACACAAACAAGUUUCUGCUAAUAUGUUUUUAUAUUGUACAGAAAUGAAGGGAAACCAACAGCUGUCUGGACAAAAUCUGCAUAAAACAGCAUCAAGUGUGAGUGGUUUGUAGUCCAAAGGAUGUUUUCCCAGUUCCAGGACCACUGACACUGGUUAAACUACAGAUGGUUGAUGUUUCACAGCUCUUCUGAUCAUUUUCUAAAUCAUAUCAUCACUUUUUAGAGCCGCUUCAAGCAGAACACACCUGGAUCUGUGCAGUCGAGUGAAUCCAGGUCAGUUGCAUUGUGGGUAAUGUAGGCGCCAGGUUCUGACAAGGAGUAAAAAAGACAAUAUCUCUCGUUCUGCUGCAUUAAUCUUAUUUUUAAUCGUCUACUGAGAUCAGAAUGCAACACUAAGUUGGUGGACUUUUAUUUUUUUUUAAGCAUUCAAAAACACGUCAAAUUUAGACUCUUGGUUCUGAAAAAGUCCCUUUUUUGCAAGAAACAAAAGUCCUUCUACGUUCAUGAUUGAAACGUUUGACUUUUAGCUUGUCAGUGCAGCUGCGUAACUGAAGUUUCAGACGUCAGAGCGGCCUUGAAUCCACCAGGGUAGAAAAUAUAUAUUUUGGCAACAGAGUCGCUGCAAAAAACAUGUUAAUUUAACAAAGAGAAAAAGAUCACUGACGCACGUUUCAACACUGCAAGUUGAUUUUCAUCACAUACGGAAAUGAACUGAAGUCAGUGACUGAAAGAUAUAAAACCGGUCUAAAAAAACUGAUGGUAUGAUUUGUAAAAUGGUCAGCAGAGAUGUAAAAUGUGUAUAAUUUGUAGACACUGAGGUUAAACUAUCUGUCGGAUCCUUUUUAAAAUAGUUUAGGACUUCAAGCUUUCCUCUAAAAUGAGCUCAGCGGUCAGACCAGAAGGGAAAAUUCAAAUAAACAAAAGAGCAGAUACACUAAAAUACUCCCAUUCAUUUUCACACCCUUCCUUUUUAAGUAUGUUAAAUUCUGGUGUGUUUUUUUUUUAAUGAUCACUUCUCACAAACAAACAGAAAAAGACAACAGACAGUCCUUCACUGUGGUUUAUGUCAUCUGUCGCUCCCCUCUAAACCAGAGCAUCAAGUGCCAAAGGACUCUGCCGUUGUAAAAUGUUCUUGUCCUUGUUUUCUUUCUAAAGGAAUUUGUAUAUAUGUAUAUUUGCUACAACUUGUUUGUGUACGACUUCAAAGUUAAUAAAAAUUAUGUUAUUUUUUAAACAAA